UAUCGAAUUCGCGUUAUCGAAUUCUGUUUUUUCUUUCUUUUUCUUUCUCUUUUGACAAUGUGAAAUUGUGUUUCUACGAAACAGAAUUCCAAGGAUUCGUUUGAUAUUCGUUUUCCACCUAAAUUUUACGAGUCUACCAAGUUUCAGCAAGUUGACGCACGUAUGUACAACGUUGCGUUUCUUUGUUAAUCCUGUUACGAUCUGCCGCGUUAAAAAAUCUCUCCGUCCGAAAAGAAAAAUCUGCCCGACUAGACGAAACUCGAAGCGAAUUAUACGAAAUUUGGAUGAUGAACGUUUAUCAAAUAUCGAUAUCGAAGUGGAAUUGCUAAGCGAAGAACAAACGUGACCAACGUUAACAACAGACGAAUAACGUUUUACGAGAGAUCGAACGAGUAGAAAUAUUUUAUCGAGGAGGCCGUUAUCGACGAAGCUAAAGCUUUGCGACACCAAGCGCGGUAUAUUCGAAGAUUUAGCCGCGCAAGCCGCUACGUCAACAAAAGAACACACGGAUUUGGAUUACAUUCCUGUUGGCUGAUCCACGCUCCCUCGCGAAUCCACUGACAUCUUUCGCAUGCGAAUCAGGAAUAGGAGAAUACGUGACGAGUGAUUUUAUUGAAGAAACAGAAGAUCUUUAUGUAUCUUUAUGUGCGCAGCUGCUUAAUUCGAUCAUGCCGCCGAAUAGACGUAUAUACGUAUUACGCGAGUUUUAGAAAACAUUGAAAAAUCGUAUUAGCGGCGAAACGAGACGCGUUACGAUCUAUCGCGUUCGUACGACUCGUAAAAUUUGACUGAUAACGAUAACGACAGCUGUCCCGAUACUUAGGAAGAAAAAUGGACCGAUAGAAUAGCACGUAAUGAAAUUACGCGCUAGUAAUCGAACGAUCAGUUUCUUCGUUUCUCUCUCGCUUCGUCUCCUGUUUUUGGUCCGCGUUACAAAAGUACGUGCCCUAAAUAAAAUUUCAGAGAUGAAAGCCAAGAGAGGAACUGUUUUAUUUGCUUCCAUGUUAUUCACUGGAGAUUCUCCACCCAGGAGAAGGCAACCACGGGCGUUUAGUAUAUUGUGAGAUCUCGCGGACGACGCGUCGCGAUGAAUAAUGGAAGAAACAAAGUUAAAUGAUCCGUUCGGUCGAGUUUCUUAUACCGUUUCCACUCCUACCGUAGAAACCUACGAAACACCUUUUGAAUUCCGUGAUAAAAUUCUACUUGUCGCAGUUUUACGCGUCAUCUAUUUUUACCAGUGAUGAUAAUUGGCUAUCUAGGAAUCGUGACGUUGAAAAGCUAGCGUCAUACGUUUUUAUAUCGCGAAAGAAAACGGGCUUACGAGUGGACCAUGCUUUCAAGAGUUUAAACGUGUCAAACUUGCCAACUUUGCUUUUUUUAACUCGUACGUUUGAUUACCGUACUAUGUACGUGUAUAUCGUAGGUACGCGAUGAACGUUCCAUUCAUAGAUUCGUUUAUCGGAAGAAGAUGACGUAAAUAAUAUCAAAUUAUAUCGCGUUGCCGCUAAAUUCGUCGUUUGUCCGGGAAAUUUGUCUCGAAAGAUUCGGAUAGCGAGAAAAAUAGAUGAUUCGAAGCAUCGAUUCGUCGCGAACUGGUGGCCUGCUACAGAGUCGAAGAAUACGACGCGUUUAACGUUUCGAACUUCAAACAGAUCGCUCUUCGGCUUUCGUCUUCCGCGUGAUUCGACAUCGUCCCUUCGACAACCGGACCAAUCAAGCGACGAGCUCAUCAGCCAACGACGAAACUCGCUUUUCCUCCUUCUCCCUCUUCUGUUUCCUUUUUCUUCUCGACCCUUUCUUUAAAGCAGCUGUUUCCUUCGCCUCUCCGGUUCUUCGUCCACCAAAAGUUCCUCCGUUAGAUCUCGUUUCCCCGGCAACAGUCUUUUAUGCUUUCGUUCGUAUUAAGCCCGGACCGAUGUUUAAACCAUGAGUUGGUCCGCCGUCCGCCGUCCGCCGUCCGCCGUCCAUCGUCCGUCGUCCGUCGCGUCAUUCCAUCGGCAACGCCGGCAAAUAGCAUCGUCGGUGAUUUUGUCUUCGGACUGACCACGUUUCUCAUUUCUCAACGUCCGAGGCAUUCCUUCGCACGCCAUGGAACAUCACUCGCAUAACGUGUGCGUCCGUUCCGUUCCCCGCCUUAUCAUUUUUUACAAUUUACACCACUGUGUCUCUCAGUCUCGUGAUCUAAGUCUGCCUUCUUCCCUUCUCGUUUCUCUUCUUUCGUUUCGUUGCCGUGGUCGAUCGUACGAAGGGGCGAGAAGUUGCGUAGAAAGAACGGAACAUCGACCGUCAUAGCAAGGUGGACAAAGGACGUGGAAAGGGCAGAGUCGCAGAAGCAAGAAUUCGAUCGAUCGAGUCUGCUCGUGCAAAUUGAUAAAGAGCGGUGGACGCGAACAGGGACGCUUCAUUUUUUCUUUCCAACUUUUAAAGCGCGACAGGGGUCUCGCUGGUACGAUGCUCGACGAGACAAAAGUAACGCAAUAGCAAGAACAAUGGAAAACUCUGUACGAUUACCAAUCGACUAUAUCACGUACGUAUUGUCAGCCUGUGACAACCUGGCCGACUUCACCGAUCAGUCUCGUGGCGUCAACCACACCCCUGACGCUCGGCCAUUGCACAACAUAAGCGAAUUCGUCCAACUAAUUUCCACCGGCGUGCUGAACAACGUGACUUGCCUGAAUCACGCUCCACAGCUGACCAGAGUGGUCGUGGUGAAAGUGAUCGUGCUCUCGGUGAUCGCGAUCCUCAGCUUCGUGGCGAACGUCGCGACUAUCUACUCUAUCGCGAUAAAUCGACGAAAGCAACACGCUUGGUCGGCAAUUUACACGUUGAUCCUGCAUUUAACAGUGGCCGAUCUGUUGGUCACGGUGUUCUGCAUGGUAGGGGACGCGGUGUGGAGCUACACCGUGGCUUGGAUCUUCGGCAACGUCGCCUGCAAGUUGUUCAAAUUCGCACAAGUGUUCAGCUUGUAUCUGAGCACCUUUAUACUGGUGCUGAUCGGAGUGGACAGGUUCUUUGCUAUACGAUACCCGAUGAAAGGCAUGAAUACCGCUGACAGGUGUCUCAAGUUUGUCGUUCUGGCGUGGAUACUGUCCUUUAUAUUCGCAUCGCCUCAGAUUUUCAUAUUCCAUGUAGUUCAAGGACCGUUCAUCGAAGAUUUCAAACAAUGCGUGACCUACGGAUUUUACACGGAACCUUGGCAGGAACAACUUUACGGAUCCUUCGUUUUGUUUUUCAUGUUCCUUCUUCCUCUCGCUAUACUCGUUGCUACCUACGUUUCCACCGUAAUCACAAUCUCUCGAAGCGAAAGGAUAUUUAAAUUGAAGCUAACUAAUAACAUUAUACGUCACGUAAAUGGGAAUACAAACCGAAGAAAAUUAAUGCAUCGAGCAAAGGCCAAAUCAUUGAGAAUCAGCAUCGUUAUCAUAACUGCUUUCAUCAUCUGGUGGACACCGUAUUAUACAAUGAUGAUCAUUUUUAUGUUCCUCGAUCCUGACAAACACCUCAGUAAGGAAUUACAAAACGUAAUCUUCUUUUUCGGCAUGACCAACAGUUUGGUAAAUCCUUUGAUAUAUGGCGCGUUUCAUCUGUGGCCGCGAAGGAAACGUUCCAUUCACAGAGAAUUGUCUACCGUGCAACGCAGACUUACGCCAACCAGCUGUGAAGGUAACGGCAAACAAGAAUCACGAGAAACACGAACACCAUUUAUACCGAAAAAUAAUUGAAAUACUAAUAUCUAAUCAGAGUUAACGAAACGAUUAAUUACGACAAAUUCGGUCGUAUUCUUCUGUUAGAGAGUUCAACAUUUUUAUAUUCUUUGCGUCCAUACGUCAAUGAUCAACGGUAAUCACUAAAAUUCAUACUUAAAGUUUAUCGUCAGAUCUAGUCCUUAGUCUUAAGUACAUAUUAAUUAAGAUCACGCUACAUCUAUCGCCAUUGUAUACGAGUAUCUAAAUGUGAAUUAAGUGUUUGAAAAUAACAAUAAUAAAAUAACAGUAUAAGAACAAUGUAGAAGCAGUAAUAUAAUAUAAUUGAUGUACACAAACAAUAUUUACAUAUACGAUAGUAUUGUAAGUAAAAACUGUCCACGUUAUAAA